AUGAAAGGCUCGAUCGGGCUCGGGCGCUCGGUCGCGACGGGCGGGCGCAGUCGACUGCCGCGCGCCCGGCGCCGACCGCCCGGCGCCCUCGACGGCUUAGGGGCUAAGUUAUUCGGUGUUUCCAUGGAGCUCGUCGCGGAGACGAGCGAGACAGUACGGGAGGACGUUCGCAGUCGAUUAGGUGCAGACCGGGAUUUAGUGCUCAUAAGCCGCAACGCGACACAAUGCAUGAUUAAUGAUCGAGCGCAGCGCCUGCUUGGGAUUGCCUGCUGUCAUCCAGAUACUGUACUGUACGUGUGC